UCACAUGUAUCAAGGCACAGGGACAUUUUCUCAGACGUGCAGCUGAAGUGCAGUAACGUCUUCUGUCCAGACUGUUAUUGUUGAACACAGACACCAACACCUCAGACUGACAGGUGAACCUUUCUGAUAAUCACAGCGAUCAGGUAUCGGUCCACAGGCCUGAGCUUGUGGAGCUUUUGAGUCUGCGGCCGUUGCUUAUUUCUGCGAUCGUAUGGCAUUCUCCCAACAACGCCUCUAUUGUUCCACAUUAUUUUACACUGGGCAGAGCUGUUUACGCUGUCUGCCCGUCUGCGCCGUCUCUUCCAGAUGUUCAUUUCCCUCAGCACAGACUUUUAUUUUCUACCAGUCUGAACUGGGGGAGGGCAUGGAGUCUGAAUGAAUGACUUUCUUUUAGACUUCUCUCUCUUUCUCUUCCAUCCCUGCCCCGUUUCCUUUCUCAAAUUGCCACCUCUCACUUGUCUCGCUCUCUCUCACUCUCUCUGUCUCCCUUUCUUUUACUCCCUCUAUUCACAUUUCCCUCCCUCUCAGUGAGAAUUCCUUCGUACCUGUCUGAACAGGGAAACUCUGAGAGCUGCAGGGCGGAGGAAGGAACGUAGGAAAGAGAGAAAGCGUAAGAGGGCAGGAAAAAGAAAGUGGUAUCAUCGAGAGAAGGAACCCAGGAGGGCACGUAGACAGAGACACACAUCGGUUUCAAGCGUUUUUCCUGUGAAAAUCUGCAGGGUUUUCUUUUUUUUGUUUUUUGUUUUUUAUACCUGCCUGGGUUUUGUCGUUGCUUUCCGAGACCCGUGGCUGUUUUGGUCUGUGGUUUAGGAUGGAUGCCAUCAUGCUGCAAGAAAAACUGGUGGAAAGGCUGCUGUGCCCGCGAGUGAGAACGGCCAGACAAAAGGAAAAACAAUAUGUGGGUUUUGCCACUUUGCCCAACCAGGUCCACAGGAAGUCUGUGAAGAAAGGUUUCGACUUCACUCUGAUGGUCGCAGGAGAGUCUGGGAUGGGUAAGUCCACCCUGGUCAACAGCCUGUUCCUCACAGACCUUUACAAAGACAGGAAGCUACUCAACGCCGAGGAGAGGAUCAACCAAACAGUGGAGAUCAUUAAACACACAGUGGACAUUGAGGAGAAGGGAGUGAAGCUCAAACUGACCAUCGUAGACACGCCAGGGUUUGGAGACGCAGUCAACAACAAUGAGUGCUGGAAGCCCAUCACAGACUAUAUUGACCAGCAGUUUGAGCAGUACUUCAGAGAUGAGAGCGGACUUAACAGAAAGAACAUCCAAGACAACAGAGUCCACUGCUGCCUGUACUUCAUCCCUCCAUUUGGACAUGGGCUGCGUCCAGUGGAUGUAGAGUUUAUGAAGGCUCUGCAUGAAAAGGUUAACAUCAUUCCACUGAUCGCCAAAGCUGACUGUCUCACACCUAAUGAGAUAAAGAAGCUGAAAGACAGGAUACGAGAAGAAAUUGACAGGUUUGGGAUCAAAGUGUACCAGUUUCCCGAAUGUGACUCUGAUGAAGAUGAAGAAUUCAAACAACUGGACAAAGAGCUGAAGGUGAGUCAUACGAUGAUGACACGACAUUUCUCGCCCUCGUGCUCUUUCCAUUGCCUCUUCCUCUGUUCAGAAACAUGGACGGUGGUCGAGGCUCGAGGGCAGAGGGUCAGAGGAAGACUGUAUCCCUGGGGAAUCGUUGAAGUGGAAAACCAGUCACACUGUGAUUUUGUGAAACUGAGGAACAUGCUGAUUCGUUCACACAUGCACGACCUGAAGGACGUGACCUGUGACGUCCACUAUGAAAACUACAGAGCACAGUGCAUACAGGAGAUGACCAGUAAACUGGCUCAGGACAACCGUAUGGAGAGUCCAAUUCCCAUCCUGCCUCUGUCCACCCCGGAUGUGGACACUGAGAAACUCAUUAAAAUGAAAGACGAGGAGCUGAAGAGGAUGCAGGAGAUGCUGAAUAAGAUGCAGCAGCAGAUGCAUGACAAAGAUCAGUGACACCUCCAUUGACUGAGCUGAGCUGUGCUGUUAUCGCCACCUGCUGUUUCUCCUCUGUACAACAGCAAGUCCCUCAGAUGUUGAACUCUGGAUAUCAUGUUUUAGUGUCAACUCUGGUGGUUGUAUAACUCUUCCUUGGAGGUUUGCUUUAUCAGGGUUUUUUUUUUUUUGGUUUUUUCUGAAACUAUGUGUUACCCACCCUGAGCCCCCUCCCUCUGUGGUUUAACAGUCUUAACACAUAUAAUAAUAAUGAUAAUAAUGAGUAAUUUAAUUACUAGUCAGUGUAUCUAAUUUAUAAAUGAACUGCUCGUCUUUUUUGCAUUAUCUGUCAGGGUAUGAACACGUGGCUACGAGAUGUUUUGUAUUGCUCCUUUUUAUAUACAUAUAUAUAAAUGUGAACGUGUGUUUGCGUGAAUGCAUGAGUGUGUGACACAGUGACUUCUUUA